CUGGCGCAUCAGCCGUCUCAAUGUUUUGUUGUUUAACAAGAGUGACAAUGAAAGGAUCUGUGCGUUGUUUGGGUGUGCCAAUUUUGGUGCUGGCUACACUGGUGCAGCUGAGCAGUCAAACCGUGUUCCUAAAUGGCGAGGAAGAGGAUAUUUGUCGUCUGUUCAAAGAUGGCACCUUGUUGAGAAAGCCAACUACGUGUAAUGAGUGGAUUACUUGCAAGAACUAUACCACCACAGAGGGAGGAAUUUGCGAUGAUGGCAAAUACUUUAGCUUAAGCAAAGGAUCGUGUCAAAAAAGUUUGGACUCUACCGAUACUUAUUGCAGUACGCCAUGCAGUUCGUCGACUCAGGGGUAUGUGGGAACGACUACUAACUGUGCCGGUUGGCAUUACUGUGAGAAGAAGGAGGAAUUGGCCAGUGGUGUUUGCCCCAGCGGAAUGCAUUUCGAUGGAACCACACAGACAUGUCUCUACGCUAAGGACUCAGAUUGUGUGGAAGAGUACGAUUUUUGUAAUAUAGUGCCAACAGGUACUGCUUUUUUGGAUGAAUACAAUUGCCAUCUGUACUAUACGUGCACCAAAUAUAAGCUUGACAUCAAUACCUGCGAUGAUGGACUCUACUUUGAUGUGUCAGCGGGUAAAUGUGUCGAUAAGAAACUCGUCACGUGUGGCAAACAUCCGAUACCCAGCGAUAUUUGCGGCACGAAGAAGUUGGCAGUGCGUAAUAAAUUUGUCGCCGAUGGCGCCACUUGUCGUGGUUAUUACUAUUGUCGCGAUCUUGGCUCAGGUGUGCCCGACACCGAGCCCACCUGGCUGCAGUGUUCUUCCGAUAGGUUCUUUAAUGAGGAUCGUCAGGGUUGUGUGCCACGCGAAUCCCAAAAAUGCAGUGGAAGUCGCUGCGAUGGCCGAGAGGAUGGUGAAUUAGAGGUAUCCGAAGUCGAAGGUUGCCAACAUUAUAUAACAUGUCUCAACGGCAAGGAGAGCCCCUCAGUGUCCUGCGGCAGUGACAUGUAUUUCAAUGUUGCCUCUCAAAGUUGCUCAACCGUUGUGACAUCAUAUGGUGCCUGUACUAAUACUUCUGCUUAGGCACCCUGUAUUAUUUCUGUAUAAUCGUAAAUAUAAGAAACACAUGACAUGCUGAUAUGUUCUUUUAAUA